AAUAUUUAAUUUAACUGUCAGAUGUGACAUUUGUGGUUAUAUUUGUGUACAGAGUGUCGGUGUUUUGGAACGCAGUGUUUUUUUGGAAAUAAUUGGAAUCAAAUAGAAAACGAUCAUGGGUGAAGCGAUUGAUGAGAUUCAGAAAGAUGAGGACACUUUCGGACUGGGCUGUGCCAUGGAGUACUUCUCUGAACAUAACGAAAUAGCUGAGAUGAUUAUGAAUUUGAAGAAUGUGCUGAGAUCUGGUCAGUCUAUUAUCGAAAGGGCCUACGAAAGGUACAUGGAUGUUCUCAAACAGUACAUAGAGCAGCCGCAUCUGUUGGACACACAUCUGGAGACGAUUCUGCAAAAGAUCAUAGUCAUCAUUCGAGAUCCUGAUGUUGAUAUGCAAGUGAAACACGAGACAUUCAAAUACAUGUACUUUCUGAUCAAUGUCAGGGGCUACAAAGUCAUUGUUAGGCAUCUGCCGCAUGAAGUUGCCGAUUUUGAGCCAGUGCUGAAAUUGCUUGAAGCCCAAGAUCCAAAUGAUUCUAAGAAUUGGACUACUAGAUAUGUCUUGUUACUGUGGUUAUCUAUCAUAGUCAUGAUUCCAUUCCACAUGUCCAGAUUGGAUGGUUUCGAGGAGGGCAAAGGUGGUGACCAGAAGACUGUGAUGUUUCGCGUGAUGGAGAUAUGCAAGACUUACACUGUUGUUGGAGAUAAAUGUAGAGAUGCUGCAGCUUAUUUGAUAUCCAAAUAUUUAACCAGGACUGAUGUUAAAGAACAGUAUUUAUCUUCAUUCCUGAAUUGGGCCUGUGAGUUGAGUGUGGAGAAGGACAGCAGCAGUUUCAUCAAAUAUGGAACUUUAUCUUCAGUGGCUAUGAUUAUAAAGCACGGUAAAAGAGACGAUAUAUUACCGCACGCGCAGAAGCUGUUGCAGUGGAUAAUUAAUGCCGAGAUUAAGAGUUAUCCUGGAUGCAAUAUACAGAAGUUGGUUUAUAAGAUAGUGCAGAGGAUUGGAUUAACUUUCCUUCCUCCUCGUAUUGCCAAAUGGAGGUACAUGAGAGGCAAUCGCUCGUUGACUUCUAAUCUAUGCUCAGGGGAUAGCGGAUCCAGCGUUAUUUCUUCGGCUCCCAUGGAUGAUGUUAACGCGAUGAUCGAAGAGGAAGACAUUGAAGUACCGGAGGAAAUCGAAGAAAUUAUCGAUCAAUUGAUACAGGGUUUACGCAGCGCCGAUGGUGUUGUUAGAUGGUCGGCGGCUAAAGGGAUUGGUAGAGUUACCGGUAGAUUACCAAAGGAGUUGGCGGAUGAAGUCGUUGGGUCCGUUCUGGAGUUGUUCAGUCCGCGUGAAGGAGACGGCGCUUGGCAUGGCGGUUGCUUGGCUUUAGCCGAAUUAGGAAGGAGAGGUUUGCUGUUGCCUCAACGACUUCCCGAAGUCGUUCCAGUCGUCUUGAAAGCUUUGAUUUACGACGAGCCUCGCGGUUACGCUUCUGUCGGUUCGCACAUCCGUGAUUCGGCCUGCUACGUCUGCUGGGCCUUCGCCAGAGCCUACGAGAUCGAUGAUUUGAAGCCCUUCGUCAACGAUAUUGCCAGUCAACUGUUGGUCGUCACCUGCUUUGAUAGAGAAAUCAAUUGUAGAAGAGCCGCUUCCGCCGCUUUUCAAGAAAACGUUGGAAGACAAGGCACGUUUCCGCACGGAAUCGAUAUCUUAACAACCGCAGAUUUCUUCGCUGUCAGCGUGAGGAAUUCCUCUUUCCUAACAAUCAGCGUUUUCAUCGGACAAUUCCCUGAAUACACCAAGCAUUUGAUUGAUCAUCUGGUUGAAAGGAAGGUUGUUCAUUGGGAUAUAGCAAUUCGCGAAUUGAGCGCUAAAGCUCUGCACAAUCUCGCUCCUUUGGCUGUUGAUUAUAUGGUUGGAACGGUGCUUCCGAUGUUGUUCGAGAAGAGCCGAAGCAUCGAUCUCAAUAGCCGUCAUGGAUCUAUAUUGGCGAUUGGUGAUAUAAUUCACGCAAUCUCGCAAGUUUCCGAAGAUGCUCUGAACGAAAGCAUCUUGAUGGAGGUGAAAGAUUUGGUGCCGAAAUACAGGGAGAGGCAUUUCUUCCGCGGGAUGGGCGGUGAAUUGAUGAAGCAAGCCUGCUCUGAUUUCAUCAAGAAAUGCUCUCUGGCGCAUUUACCGUUCCACAAUUCCGACAUCGUUGACGAUUGGUUGCUGCUGUUGAACGAGUGUUUAUCCUACGACGUACCGAACAUCCGUUUAGGAGCCAUAGACGCGCUUCCUGCUUUAUUCACGGAAUUCUACAAGGACGCAAGUAAAGCGCAAAUGCAAAAGGAUAUAAUAGACAAGUACAUGAAGGAGAUGAAGAAUGAUAACGUGCAGGUCGUGCGGAUGGGUCAUUCCUUGGCGCUGGGUUCGUUGCCGGCUUUCAUGUUGUUUCCGCACAUCCAUGAAAUCCUUCAAUCGCUUCUGGAUGCUGCAGUCAUUAAUGCGGCGACGGUGAAGUGGGCGGAAAGUCGUCGAGACGCAAUCAAAGCGUUGACGAGCAUCUGCGUGACAUUAAACGAAGAACUCGAUUCAGCUGUCGGCGAGGAUUAUUUGAAGAAAAUCUACGAAGCGCUCUUGGCUGGAUUGACUGAAUACACUGUGGAUAACAGAGGAGAUAUCGGCGCUUGGGUUCGGGAAGUCUCCAUGCUCGGACUUCAACACAUCACAUUGCUUCUGACUGUCAACACUAAUUUCUUGAAUACGGAUUUGAUGACCAGAAUAAUUUGCGGCGUCUCGCAGCAAUCUGUCGAGAAAAUUGAUAGGACGAGGGCUUUGGCCGGCAAAGUCUUCUACUCGCUAAUCCACAGUGACCCAAUUGUCCCGAACAUUCCGCAUCACGAAGCGCUGAAAUCGCUGUUCCCCAAAGACGAGUGCGACCUACUGAACUGGAAUUCGGCCUCGACGACGUUCCCGAGAUUCGUCAACUUGCUCGAAUUCCCCGAAUACACCUACAGCAUUAUGUUGGGAUUAAUCUGCAGCGUCGGCGGAAUGGCCGAAACUUUGGUUAAAUGUUCCAGUCACAGUCUUUUCGAUCAUAUGAAAGAGAAGCCGAUUGAGAAGAUCGAACGACUGUGCGAAACUACGCACGAGAUUUUCGCGAAUUGCCAGAAGAACGAUCGCAUCGUUAUACCGAUGUUCAGGUUCCUGGACAGACUCUUCAGCUCGGGUUGCAUCGAUCACAUCCUGGAUAAUCUGCAAUCCGAUUUCGCCAAAAAGAUCUUGAAACUGGUUCAAAUGGAGUUGAACGGAUGCAAGGACAUCUACAAGUUAAUCGAUGGCAUCAGUAUUCUGUGCCAAUUCAUACAGGUCAAGAGCGAUGUUUGCAGCACGGCUUUGGUGCAGCUCAGCAUUCUUCUCUGUCACAGACAACCGUACGUCCGACGAUCAACGUCUACGAAACUCUUCGAAUCCAUACUGGUUUAUGGAGACAACAGUAUAAUACCAGAAGAGAAUUUGGAUGAGAUCUCUCAACUUUUGAGCACCACGAAUUGGGAGGAACCGGUCGAAGUCGUUCGUCCUUUGAGGAAUAAAUUGUGCGCUCUGAUGGGAACUCGUGUUCCUGUCGCCAAGAAGAAGUAAACACUUCAUUACAUUACUAUCAAAUACGCUUGAUAACUCAUAUUUUUUUUAAAAACCUAUUUAUUAACGCUUAAUAAUUACACUUUUUUUACUUGAA